GUCCUUUGAUCACGCGCCUGCCGGCUCUUCCGGGGCUCGGGAGCCAACUGAGGGCGUUCCUGUCCGGGCUGCAGCGGCGGGAGGGAGCCCAGUGGAGGCACCCUCCCGAAACACCACUGCCCAUGCUGACUCCCCAGCCCUCUGGCUUGGGCCGCAGCUGCCGAUGUCAUGAGUAACACCACUGUGCCCAAUGCCCCCCAAGCCAACAGCGACUCCAUGGUGGGCUACGUGUUGGGGCCAUUCUUCCUGAUCACCCUGGUCGGGGUGGUUGUGGCUGUGGUCAUGUAUGUCCAGAAGAAAAAGCGGGUGGACCGGCUUCGCCACCACUUGCUCCCCAUGUAUAGCUAUGACCCCGCUGAGGAGCUGCACGAGGCUGAGCAGGAGCUCCUUUCUGACGCAGGAGACCCCAAGCCCUGGGCACAGUGUCCUCCUGCACAGGUCAUACAUGGCUGGCAGAGUGGCUACCAGCACAAGCGGAUGCCUUUGUUGGACCUCAAGACAUGAACUGAGCCCUGAUCUUCAGAGCCAGGCCCUACCACCUGCUUUCUCCGCACCCUGCUGGAUACUGGGACUCCAUUCCUCCUCCCAGCCACUCCAGCUGCCCCCACUUCCCCAGCCCCUGCACAGCAGGUGGCAUCGU